GAGGAGGCUCGGAGCUCAGUCAGUCAGUCUCUCGACACGUUACCGGCAGCGGUAGUUUUAAACCCCGCAUGUCAAUAUCGGCUCAGUAUUCCCUAUUUAAUAAUUAACAAACCAGGAGUGUGAAUCCGUGGAGGAAAAGAAAAGAGAAGAAGAUCAGACAGAAGAAGAAGGAACUUUUAAGCAGUCAAGUAUUGCUGCUUUCCGGCAGAGCCAGUGAAAGAAAGAUUACAUAACUGUCUGCAAGAAAGAAAACACACAGAGAGAGAGGGGGAAAGGUUACGAGUCAUGUGUAACUCAGCAUUAUGGAUCUUGCCAUACAUCCCCGCCUACUAAGUUACCAAAUGACUGUGUCAAAAGGUCAGGGUUUCCCUUUGCUGUCUGCUGAUUCCUUACUGAUUGCGCACUGAGCAGGCGAUUUUCUUCUCAGCACGUUAAACAUGAACCAGAGCAUGCUGUCAAACGGAUCAUGCAUCAAUACCACCUGCAAUGACAGUCUCACCGUGAAUGGACAUGGCAAGCCAGCAACAAGCAUCAUCAUGUUUUUGGCCGGUGUGGUGGGAAACCUCCUGGCUCUCUUCAUCCUCGGGGUGCACCAGAAGGAGCAUCGCUCCAGGUCCUCGGUCUUCUGCAUCCUGGUGACCGGGCUGGCCCUCACCGACCUGCUGGGCACCUGCCUCCUCAGCCCGUCUGUGUUCAUCUGCUACGCCCGCAACAUGUCCCUGAUCAAACUGGGCGGGGAAGGCCUGUGCAACCUCUUCGGCUUCGCUAUGAGCUUCUUCGGCCUGGCGCCCACGCUCAUCCUUUGCGCCAUGGCCGUGGACCGCUGUCUGGCCAUCAGCCAUCCUUACUUUUACUCUGUUCACAUCCGCCGCGGCUUCGCCAAGUUCACUCUUUUUUUUAUUUACUUCUUUUCUUUGGCCUUCUGCCUCCUGCCAUACAGCGGCUAUGGUAAAUUCAGACAGUACUGUCCCGGGACGUGGUGCUUCAUCGACAUGGAUGCGACAGGGGAUGACCGGGCCAACUUGGUGCGGGCCUUCUCUCUGUCCUACUCCUCUCUCAUGGCACUGCUGAUCUUGGCGGUGUUUGUGUGCAACGGUUCGGUGAUUGUCAGCCUGUGCCAGAUGCACCGGAGCCAGAAAAUGCGGCGCGGCUCGGUCGGGUCCAUGGGGAGAAGGAGGAGGCUGAGCCUGGCCUGGUUCGGACAGGGGGAAGAGGAGAUGGACCACUUGGUGCUCCUGGCUCUCAUCACUGUCAUCUUUGUGGUCUGCUCCCUGCCGCUCACUAUUGCAGGUUUUAUCAACGCCAUACACCCAUUUUGCGGCGACACAGAGAACCUGACGGCGUUCCGCUUCUACGCCCUCAACCCCAUCGUGGAUCCCUGGGUUUUCAUCAUCUGCCGCAAGUCUGUGUUUCGCCACCUUUGCUCUCUGCUGAGCUGCCGCUUCAGCAAAGGAGCUGUGAAAACAACAGCACACUGCGCUCUGUCUUUACCCCUUGACAAUCACAUUCAGCGCAACCCUCCGGACGUGACAGUUCCACAGACCAACAUGUACUCCAAUUUACCUCUGUGACCCAACAGAAACCCUCAACUGUCCAGGGUCACUGGAGGCUAGGAGACUUUCAUGUUUGAUAAAACACUGGAGCAUUCUGAAAUGAAAGUUUAACAUUUGCAUACAGGAUUUCUCCACUCACCAAGACUUUGACAAAGAAGUAUCUGUCGCAGUGGAAAUCUUCUAUAUGUCGCCGUUUCAUUUUCCCUAUGAACUAACGUUGGAAAGAAUGAUUGCACUAAGUCUUAAACUUCCACUGACUGAUGGAAACGGUUUCAACGUUGUGCCAUAAAACAAACAGCACUGUAACUUAGCACUUAACACAUCAAACCAUAUCAUGCCUAUGAUUAAUAUACUGAAAAAUCUGAAUAUAUGCACUCGGGUAAAGCUAUAUGGGUACACAAUAUGCAUGAAUGUAUACUGUCUUAUUUCUCUCAGCUUUUACUUUAAGGCACUGGCCAAGUAACUCUUGAUUUAGUUGACUGAUUAAAUGAGAUGCAGGUCACAGUCAACAAGUAGAUGGUAGUUUAUUUCCCUGUCAUCACUGGGGUUGAUGACUUGGUAAUCCAAUUCCCUUGACCAGAAUAAUAAUGCAUCUAUCAUCAGUGAGAGGGAUGCAACAGAGACACAUAUUUUAUUAAAAAGAGGAGAAGUUGUCACUUGAAUAAAUGAACAGAUGUAGAAGAAGCAGGUUCCCCAGACAAAGUGCAGUAUAAAUAUUAAUAAGCACGUCUUAACAAAACUAAAAGUCUACAGCCCUGCUAGCUGUCCUUAUAAGGCACUUUGGCACAACUGUGCUUUGAGCUAAAAUGUAAUGCCAGCAUGUUAAUGUGCUCACAAUGACAAUGCACAUGCUGACGUAUAGCAGGUACAAUGUUUACAAUAUUCACCAUCUUACUUUAGUGUGUUUCCUUACUAACAUUUGCUUAUUAGCACAAAACACAAACUACAGCUGAGACUCAUCAUCAAUUUUGCAGUUUAUUUGGUCAUAAAUUUUUAUAAGGAGUACGGUCUAGACCUACUCUAUUUGAAAAGUGUCGGGAGAUAUCUUUUGUUAUGAAUUUGUGCUAAAAAAAAAGAAAAAAAGAAUUGAAUUGAAUUAAAUAAAUGUAUUGGACAAAUUGCAUUUUGACCUUAUGAUGGCACUAAAUGAAAAGCUAAGGGGCUGCUAAAGUUAUCACAAUUUAUGCUCUUGGCACCACAGAUAUGGCAAUCCAUCUGAUAGUAUCAAAGUGGCAGACAGAUGGAUGACAUUUCCAUCUCUAGAGUGACACCGCUAGCAUGGCUAAAGAGUGAUUUUCAAAAACAAAUCUUGAAUUUGGAUUAGUUACUACUGGAAUAUAAAAAUCCAUGACUGGGUCCAAAUUGUGUUGCAUUUACACUGUACCUGUGAAAAUUGCUCCUAUCAGAAACUACUUGUCUGACUCAUAGUGCAGUUUGCUCUUUGUUGAAAUAGAUCAAAUAACACAGGGGUGUUCCCUUACAGACUGCACUGUUCCACCUGCAGCACAGACUGCCAGUACUAUGAAACAUGAAUAUGAACAUGUAAUAUAUGUACAAACAGAUUAGAAUUUCAUCUUUUUGGUCGUUGUGGUCAGUUCAAAAAUGACUAAUUACUAUUGUUACUGUUGUUGUUAAAAUCAUCUAAGCCCUCUCACGGUCCAAAAAUGCAAGAAAUGAAAAGUAAAAUUAGUGAAAAGAUUGGAUAAUCCGAGACUAGACUAAGUUUAGGACGAUUCCAAACCUUGCCUGAGAGUGAGUCAAUCCGGUUUAAAAGGUCACUUUAGUCUCAAACUAGGCUUAAUUCAUAUUCAAUGUAUUGCAUGAACAUUUGAUUCCACCCCUCCUUGUCACCCUCACUGAUUUCUAAGCUACCUAUGAUGAUGAUUGUCUGUGAAUGGUCUCUUAAGAGCCUCUUGUGUUUGGAAAAACUCUGCUGCUCCAAAAGGCACUGUGAGAAUUAGUCUGUUGUUGUUGACUUUAAUGCUGUAACUGCAUUUAAAUGUAGUAUAUUUAUGCCUUUUACACUGUGCUAUAAUGUUUGUCUUUGCAGUUGUGUUGUUUUGGUUUAUGCAGUGUAGUGCAGACAUGUUGAGUGAUUUGAGUUUGUUUUUUUUGUUUUCUUUCUGUGUUGCACAUUCACUUUUCGCUUAUAGUCUUUAAAUGCUCAGUCAUGCAUGAUCCCGAGGUAAGUCAUACACGUUACCACUAGCACAUCUGACCCUUGAGGGUGCAAUUAUUUGAGUUGUAAAUCCUUGAAAAAAUGAAUGAAAGAAUACAUUUUUAGAAAACAAAAUAGCAUUCAUUAUGUGGUACACAUUUGUUCAUGUGAAAUAAAGUAUUAAUAGAAAAGAAAACUAAAAAAUGUCUCACAACUUAUGUCUGUAUAUGUUCCCAAAGAGAAACAGAGAGAUGUUUUGCUAAAUGUUUAUGCUGAUUUUGUGAUGUCCCAUUAAGGUCUGUGUUCUAUUUAUAUGUUCACCACUUUUGAGAAGAUUUAGCAAUUUUAGAGGGCAUUGCCUGAACACUCUUGUUUUUGUACACAAAAUAUUUGUUAUUAAUUUGACUUUUAGCAAUUAGGUCAUGAUGCAGCAGGAAAAUGAUGUGUGGGUGUGUGUGUUUGUGUAAAAAUGUGACGUUUUUACAAAUAGUAACAGAAAGAAAGCUAAAGUGUUAAUACUGACAGAUAAAUAUUUACAUUUGAAAGUGCUGGUUUAUGUGGGAAAUAAGGAGGGCUCACGCAAAUAAAAAUGACA